CUGGCGGCCGCGGGGGGCGGCCCUCCGCCGGGGCGGGAGGAGCGGCGGGUCGGCGCAGCCCCGCUGCCGGCCGGGGCGGGCAGAGCCGGCGCGGCGCGCAGGGGAGAGGCGGCCCGAUGGGGCGGCCGGCCGGCAGCCUGGCCCCGCUCCGGCUGCUGCUGCUGCUGGCGCUGGGGCACGCCUGGACCUACCGGGAGGAGCCACAGGACGGCGACAGGGAGGUGUGCUCCGAGAACAAAAUCGCCACCACCCGGUAUCCCUGCCUGAAGCCCACGGGCGAGCUCACCACCUGCUUCAGGAAAAAAUGCUGUAAGGGUUAUAAGUUUGUUCUCGGACAGUGCAUCCCUGAAGACUAUGAUGUCUGCGCUGAAGCUCCCUGUGAACAGCAGUGCACAGAUAACUUUGGGCGAGUCCUAUGCACUUGCUAUCCUGGGUACCGCUAUGACCGGGAGAGGCACAGGAACAGAGAGAAGCCUUAUUGCCUGGAUAUCGACGAGUGUGCCAUGAGCAAUGGGACGCUGUGCUCUCAGAUCUGUGUCAACACCAUGGGCAGCUACAGGUGUGAGUGUCACGAAGGCUACACCCGGGAGGAGGAUGGAAAGACGUGCACCAAAGGAGAUAAAGCUGCACUUCCUGAGAAAUCUGAAAAUGUGGCAAAAUCGGGGACAUGCUGUGCCUCUUGUAAGGAAUUUCAUCAAAUAAAGCAGACAGUUUUACAACUGAAGCAAAAGGUUGCUCUGCUACCAAAUAAUGCUGCUGAUCUUAGCAAGCAAAUCACUGGUGAAAAAGUGCUUGCAUCUAAUGCAUAUAUUCCUGGCCCCCCAGGCCAGCCUGGCCAACAAGGCCCUCCAGGGGCACCAGGACCAAAAGGGAGUCAAGGAGUUCCUGGGUCACCUGGACCUCCCGGACAGCCAGGCCCUCGUGGAUCAAUGGGACCUAUGGGCCCAUCUCCAGACAUAUCUCAUAUUAAGCAGGGCAGACGGGGCCCAGUGGGCCCACCAGGAGCCCCAGGGAGAGAUGGUAGCAAGGGGGAGCGAGGCGCACCAGGACCAAAGGGGAUACCUGGCCCACCAGGUUCAUUUGAUUUCCUAUUGCUGAUGAUGGCAGACAUCAGAAACGACAUCGCUGAGCUGCAAGAGAGAGUGUUUGGACACAGGACUCAUUCAUCAACAGAGGAGUUUCCGUUACCUCAGGAAUUUACAAACUAUCAUGACACAGUAGAUUUUGGAUCUGGAGAAGACUACAAACCACGAGCAUCACCCAGAGACUCCAGGAUACAGAAGGCAGCCCAUCCUUAGCUACACCUGCUGAAAAAUAGAGUCCCUUUAGAGUUCUUCAAUAUAAAAAUGCACUGACAAUGUUAAAAUACAUAUAUAUAUUAUUUCCCAGUUUUCUCUCCACUUUUCCCCAACCAUGCUGCCUGUACUGUAGCGUUCACGGUUCAUGGUAGCCUCCUUGCAGUAAUUCCAUACUGUCAAGCCUGCACUGUGUGUUGUACCUAAACUAUCAAGAAAACCUUCUUAGUGUAUACUACAAUUAAUGCAUGCUCUAGCUAAUGGUGCAGACCACAGCAUUUUGUCUGCCUACCUUGCAUUUUGUGUCCAAAUGACCCAGUACAAAAAUUUUGCCAGGGGUAGAGGGGUAGCUGAACAUCAUCCUUGAAUGAACUAAUUGUAAUAAUGAAAAUGUUGGUCCACAGUUACUUUAUACAUGUAAAGAUACUAUACCAAUGAACUCAAGACUCCAGCUACUGUCCCCAGGCUUAGGAGAGUGUUAAAAGCAGGUCCUCGUUUCACAGCAGAGGCCAGCUGUAAGUGAAAUGUCUUCUAUUAUGCACCACCAUGGCAGAAAAAGGCAAAAAAAAAAUACGGUGAAGAAGCAAUACAAGGUCGCUGCUUCUUGAUCUGGAAAUUAUUUGGCUUUGUGUUGCUAAAGUAUCAUUCAAAGAGAGUCAAAAAGAUGCAUUUGUCCUAAACUAACAUUAUUUUUCCCUUACCACCAUUCUCCCGCUGCUCAGCAUGAAGUCCAGUUGCCUUCCUCAACAGGUUCAUGCUGGACGCCUUACACAAAGAUGAGCAAGAGAAAAGGGGAUGUAUAAAGCAGGAAAACCAAGAAUAAGUGAAUUAAGUAGGCUUAUUGGUAAGCACAGUAUCAGUCCCAGCCCUGCAGAGCUGGAUUCUGAGCUCCUGUAGGUGCAUGUUUUCCUUGGUGAAAUGCUGGAGACCAAGUGAAAUUGAGACCAGAGAAAGGCUUCACAUUUGAAGAGAGCUACCACCUGUUUUAUUCCUCUGCUGCAUGAGACUGACCUAAACCUCAUUCACAGGACUGUAACACAGAGUUGCAGUGUAUUAGGCUGGAUAUAUGAGGAGUAUGAGUAGGUGCAGAAGUGCACAUGACAAAACAUUUCCACUGGUACGAGGAUGGCUAAGGUGAGGUACUGCACAUGGGGAUCUUGUAUUUGUGAAGAGGGAUGAAAGGGAUCACCCUUUUUUUACACUGGAAGAUCGGAUGCACAAGUUGGACCAUACCUCAUGGAUGAUGUAUGUUACCAUUUCUUUUGGAUUACCACAGCUGCUGAGGACUUUGCCGUGCUUAGAAGAUAAAAAGUAUAUCAAGCACAAAACUUCAAUGUUGUAUCUGUGUCGCUGCUGCUUCUACAGUAUGUUUAGUGCUGGGUCACAUCCAUGUUACAAAUGCAAAGAAAACAAACUUAUUUUGCCAUGUUUUUCAGGGCUUGCAUGUUCUAAUAGAAUGAAUACAGGUAAAAAUAUAAGCAGGCCCUUUUCAGAUAACCCAUAAAGGUUUGAAUUCCCUUUCAUAUGCUCUGGGCCGAAAGAUAGUUGGUAUAAUCCCUAUACCACCAGUACAGGUCAUGUUGGAUAAACAGCUGGCUGUCUAAACCUUUCAUAUCUUUUGUAUAUUAUCUUAAGGGGAUAUGUUCGUUCCUGUAAUUGUUUCCCAAUUCCUUCCUAUCACUAUGCCACAAGCAAGGGCAUUAGCUCUAAGAGCAUGUUCUGUAUUCCUCUUCAUGUUAUAUGUAUAUCAAUAUUUACAAAGUAAUGACUAAGUCACUGGGGUAGCUUAGAAAAAAUGAUAGCGCUCUGAUCCUGUAGUCUUUGGGCUUCUCCUCUGGGAGAAUCUGUCAGGAGCUGCAGAUCCAAGUAGUCUGUGGUCUUUUGAACCAUGUAAUAAGGAAAUCAGUGAGACUUGGGGAAGAAACUUGUCACCAAAAGAGGGGUGGUCUUAUAUGCAACAGGCUGAAAGAAAGCUCUAAGACAGCAUAAGCUGAGGCAUUUACAUCUUAUUUUCUUAAUGUCAAGCAGGCAACUAGGUAUAAGUAACAUUGUUCAUGCAUAUGCAAUUUUAAGUGAAUUUUUUAUAUGUCAAAUUUUAUAUUUCUAACUCUUGCAAAUUAUGUAACUCUUGCAUACGUUUACCAGCACACCCCAUUACCUGCUGGAUCAGGUUGAUUCCCACUAUAGAAUUAGUAGCUGCAGGGCUUUUGACCGUGAAAUACUGAAUAAUGAAUUAAAGGAGUAAUUUCCUACACGCCAUCUAAAUUCUAUUGCCCCCUGCCCACAAGAUAUGUUCUAAAAAAGGCACUUACUUCAGUUCUAAACUCUGCUUUCCAAAUAUAGACAAAUACCAAAUAAGAAGUUCCUACAAUUUGACCAUCAAAUUCAGGGGUAGGUGACAAUUGCCCUGCUGUGCGUAAGUAUCCAGGGAAGGGAAAUUCCGUGAUUGGACCAGAAAAUUAUAUAAAGGACAUGCUCCACUGUUUAGUACAGAAAGAUGUCCUAUGGACUCAUGAACAUAAAAUACGGCACAUGUUUCCAUGCCUUUCUGAAUGGAAACCUUAAAAAUUUCCCUUUCUGGAAUCUGCAUCAUUUGUUUUCACAGCCUAGAGCUGGGUUUCCAACAGACAAGCUUACUCCAUGAAAAAGGUGAAGGAAAGUGCUCCUUGGGUUUGUCCUUGUGCUUCACCCUCCUCUUUCCAGACUCCUUGCCCCAAAACUGUUGGCUGACUCCCAGCAACAAGGAGAGGACACUAUGGUAAAGGUAAGCUCACCUGACAUAACACAGUAAUUCCUCCAGCAGGGAGAAUGCCUCUGAGCACAGCUGGCUGGGAAGGUUCAGCCUUCUGUCUGUGUCCGGCUAAGAUCUUUGCAUAGACCUUUCUCAUUUUAUUUCUGAUUAACUGUAUAAUAACUUUCAUAACACACACAUUGUAUCAGAAACAUUUCAUUAAGAUACCUGGAUAAACACAUAAAGACACUCAGAUAGAAAAGUGACACUUUCUUCAGCACACCCAAUGUCUUAUAAAGCCACAGCAGAGGAAUCAUUUCCAAUCUUAAGCUUCGUUGCUGGGUAGCCCGGGAGAUCAUUACCUUGUAAAUUAUUUAUUACUCUGUGGCUCCAAAAAUAACACAACAUCCUCCCCCCACCCCCCCCACCCCACCCCCCCAAGAAUCCAGAAUAAGAAUAUAGAAACAUCUAGACUCAUGUCUAGUGUCAUUACUAGGCUCAUGCACAUGACAACUUUGUUUCAUAUAAAUACUAUGUAUAAUUUUAUUAGAAAGAAAUACUAUUUUGAUGUUAAGACAUCAAGUUAUAAGCAGAAGGAUAAUAAAGAGUUUGUUAUUUUAUUAAUGUUAGAAAUAUAUUUAAUGGAAACAUUUGCAAGAGUGUGUGGUGAUGGGAAAAUGCUGAUUGUUAGUGGGUUUAACAAAAUCAUGGUUUUUUUCAGCUUGGGAAACAUUUUCUUUCAACACUGUGCCAAGUACAUACAUGAUUAUUCUUUCUUGAGAAGCUGGAAUUCCUAUACAGUCAGGCUAAAUCAGGAAAAGGAGUGGAAAAUUGAUUGUAAAUGGAAUUAAGGUAGUGGCCAGAGUAACUGUUGGCAGCACAGUUUCAGUAACAUUCUUCCUAGAAGUAUUUCAGAGUUAAUACACUAAGCCUGAGAGAAGCAACAAAAGAUGGGGAUGCGGUCUAAAAAUUUUCUAAUUUCAUGUUAAAAUCCGUAUGUUUGUUCCUAUUACACAUUCCAAUUACUAUACUGUUCACUUUAUUUAUGUAAGUAUAUGAAAUACUAAAAUGUGUAUAAGAUGAUGGUGAUUUUAUUAUGUAUUCAUAAUAAAAAAGAUAUUUUUUCUUA